AUGGCAGGGGGCUCGCGGCCGGGCGAGGCGCGGCCCCAACGCCAGCGCGCGCUCCUUGUCGCGCUGGUGGCGCUCUGCUCCCUCCUCGCGCGGCCGCAGCCGUCGUGGGCGUUCUUCCUCGGCGCGGUGAGUUCCAUCCACCGCACUCAGCCCCGCGGCGGCCGCGAGCGCGAGGAGAAGGUGCCCAUGACCGUGGUCGUCCCGGACCUCUCGCCGCUCCCGGCGCCGCUGGGCCCCGCGCCCGCGCCGGUGCCCGGCUCGGACGGCGGCGACGAGGACGGCACGCCGAGGCUGCCGUCCGAGCCGCGGAGCCCGCGGGGCGCGUCCUCGUCGGGCGGCCGCAGCGCGGCCGCGCGGGCGCCGGCCGGGGCGGCAGCCAGCGCCGACUUCAUCAGCAGCAGCCCCGCCGUGCCGCUCCCCACCGGCGUCACCGACUCCGCCACCGUCCUGCCCAUGCCCACCCCUGGGCAGUAACGCCGGGACGACGUGGGCGGUGCAGCUCGCCGUUCGUCUUCUCAUGAUGCUGUCUUUCAGGGCUCUGUGGUGGUAGACUGGUCCAGUAAUCACUAGUGCUUUCUCUCUGUAACCUGCUCCAAGAUUCCUGGAAUGCCAUCUAGCAAUUCUCAUCCGUAAUUGCUCAUUUCCGAAUUCAUGGCAUGCGUCGAUGAGCACUCCCUCUACCUUAAUGCGAAACGGAGCCGCACCAGUUCUCUGACUCUCCUGAUUCUACUGUAUUUCAUCUUCACCGGCUGCAGCAGCAACAUGAACUGAUCCGUAACUGUUCAAAAAACAUGAACUGAUCCUCUAAUAAUAUUCGACUGCUAGCAUGGAUAACUUCCACGUGUAUAAUGUCAUGAAUCCCAUAAAAUAAACUGCAGAAAAAAAAUGCACCAUUGUCUU